AUGAUCUUGUCUUUUGAGCUCCCAUUCGCGCUGGUUCCUCUCCUCAAAUUUACUAGCUGCAAAACCAAGAUGGGUUCACACGUCAACCCAAAGGCGAUAACAGCUUUGACUUGGGUCAUUGGUGGUUUAAUCAUGGGGAUCAACAUAUACUAUCUAGUAAGCAGUUUCAUCAAGCUACUUAUCCAUAGUCAUAUGAAGCUUGGCCUCGUUAUAUUCUGUGGAAUUCUUGGGUUCGCAGGCAUUGCUAUUUAUUUAGCCUCCAUAGGUUACCUAGUCUUCCGGAAAAACAAAGAAGCCACUCCUCUUCUUUCCUCAAGAAACUCACAAAAUGUGGAGACACUUCCAAGACAAGACAUUGUCAACAUGCAGUUACCUAAUAGAGUGUCUACGUCUGAUGUUGAUUGAUUCCAAUAACAUUAGACCCAAACCAACGAGUUCACUAAUCAGACCCUAAUAAGAAUCGGUUUGUGUCUCUUUUUCUUUAAUCAGAUUUUCCUAGGAACAACUUUGUCUUCUAAUAACACAUCGGAUAAUAAAACCAUUGCUUCCAUCAUCA